GGCGGGCCCUGCACCCACGUGACAGGCGGAGGGCGGAAGCGCCGCGCAACCAGGCCGCGCCGGUGGAAGCGGAGCCGGAGAGAGCAGGAGCAGCCAUGGUGUCCGGCAAGCAGCUGGCGGACUUCGGCUACAAGGCCUUCUCCGGGUCCAUGAUGCUGCUGACGGUGUACGCCGGGUACCUGUGCAGCGUCCGCGCCUACCGCCUGCUCGAGCGCCGCCGGGAGCGGCAGGCCGCGGCCGGCCCCGAGAGCUGAGCGCGGCUUGGGG